UGACGUGGUGAAACGCUGAUCUUCCCAGAAAGCUGAUGAUCUCGCGAACGAUUUUAUUUCACAAAUAAAUGAAACAUAUUUAUUCUCAACACAUCAUCGGGCAAUGUUACUUGAUCGAGAGAUCCUCGACUAAAUUCUUCCAGUUAUCAAUUCCAAUAGUCUCACCGUGUCAUCCUAGCUACGAUGUGCUACCGUUCUCUUUGCUUCGCCAAUUGCUUGUGCAUCAUUUCGCGUUGACGUUUAUUCGUUAUCGUUGCAGCAGAUAUUUAUGUUGAGGACACACCUACUCUGAUGUUCUCCCGCGAGUGCCUCGUCCGCGGACCUUCCUGGUGGAGGACGGUGCGAAAUGUGGGAUCGCGUCACGUUGCUGCUGUCACUUCUUCCGCGAUCAGCUGUUCAGGAGCGAGCGACCGAAGGGGGACGACAAUUUGCGCCCUGUCCUCAGGACACGGAAAAUGCGGCGUGGCGGUGAUAAGGAUAUCAGGAAACCGAUCUUUGGAAACGCUAAAAAGGAUGACGAAUAUAUCGAAAUUGGAACCGAGGAAAGCUUUCUUACGGAAAAUACGUGAUCCUGAAACUGAAGAGGUCAUUGACAAUGGACUUUGUCUGUGGUUUCCUGGUCCGCACUCGUUCACCGGCGAAGAUUCCGUGGAGUUCCACGUGCACGGCGGCACAGCGAUCCUGACACGAUUGAUGCAAGCCCUCUCGAGGCUGCAGAUACUUCCGGCUCAGCCUGGCGAGUUCACCAGACGCGCCUUUUACAACAACAAACUGGACCUAACCGAAGUAGAAGGUUUAGCUGACCUGAUAGAAGCCGAGACUGAGUGCCAGAGGAAACAGGCACUUCUACAGGCCGAUGGUGUCCUGCGCAAGCUGUACGACGGUUGGCGAAAGGUCCUCUCGAAAUCCAUGGCGAGUAUCGAGGCGUACAUCGAUUUCGGCGAAGAGGACAACAUUGAGAGCGACGUGGUGCAGCGAGCGCACGACGCUCUCAAACGGUUGAUGCGAGACCUGGAGGAUCAUCUGGCCGAUGACAGACGCGGCGAGAUCCUGCGAAGUGGAAUUAAGACCGUGAUAGUUGGUGAACCCAACGUGGGCAAGAGCAGCCUGCUGAAUCACCUGGUGCAGCGAAACGCCGCCAUCGUCACGCCUAUCGCAGGCACUACGAGGGACAUCAUCGAGCUGAGUGUCAACAUUUCGGGGUAUCCCGUGCUGAUAGCAGACACAGCAGGUAUCACGGAUAACACUGAGGAUAUCAUCGAGGUCGAGGGCAUCCGGCGUGCGAGAAACUACGCGGAGAACGCGGAUUUCGUUAUCGUCCUAGUGGACGCGUUCAAGUACGCGGUUAGUGGAAUGACGUAUGAAGAUUACGUGCGCGAAUAUCUAACGUCGCUGGGAAUGCACGAAUUGUUAGCGAAAAUGAGCAGGGAACGUUUCAUCGUGAUAAUGAACAAGAGAGAUUUGCUGAAAGCGGAGGACAAACAACGUCUGGACGAUGUUAAAGCGGUUCUCGUGUCUUGCAAGACGGAAGAUGGCUUGCAGAACUUGCUGCGAUCGCUAACGGAUCGCUUCAGUAAUAUAUGUGGCGAACCAUCCGCGGAGAGUCCGACCAUCAGUCAGGCGAGGCACAGGGAUCAUUUGACGCGGUGUCUGAGGCAUCUGCGAAAUUACUUUGAAUUAUCUGCCAAUGAACAACACGACAUGGCCAUAGCGGCGGAGGAAAUACACAAAGCGAUGCGAGAACUCGGAAGGAUAACCGGACACGUCAGUACGAAUGAGAUAUUGGAUAUCAUAUUCAAGACCUUUUGUAUCGGCAAAUGAUUGGACCGAUGUUAUAGGGUAUUUAGUAAUGGCUGUAAGAAAAAUACAAAACGUGUAAUAAAUUGCGAUUACAUA